CGGAAGUGAGCGGCUCAGUCAUGGCGUGUUUGCUAGCUAGCAGCAGCACAACAAUGUUGUCUUUACCUCGACGAACCAAACACCGCUCAUGGAUGUGCUUUCUGUUCCUGGGGAUUUACUUGUCGUCGGCCUCGGCCAAGCCGGACAGUCUGACAGAAGUGACGGACGGGAACUGGGAGGACAUCCUGACCGGGGAGUGGAUGAUUGAAUUCUACGCACCCUGGUGUCCGGCGUGUCAGCAGCUGCAGCCGGUGUGGAAGGAGUUUGCUGACUGGGGGGAGGACAUGGGGGUCAACAUAGCCAAGGUGGACGUGACAGAACAGCCCGGUCUGAGCGGGCGAUUCAUCAUCACAUCACUUCCUACUAUUUAUCACUGUAAGGAUGGCGUCUUCCGGAAGUACCAGGGAGCUCGGACCAAAAACGACUUCCUCACCUUCGUCGAUGAGCAGAAAUGGAAAGCAGUGGAACCGGUUUCCUCCUGGUUCGGCCCGUCUUCGUUCUUAAUGAAUUCAAUGUCUGCUUUGUUCAAGCUCUCCAUGUUUAUCCGGCGUUGUCAUAAUUACAUGACGGAGCAGCUGGGGAUCCCUGUCUGGGGUUCAUAUGUUAUCUUUGGCUUGGCCACUCUGUUCUCCGGCCUCGCACUGGGUCUGCUGCUGGUGUUCAUCGCAGAUUUUGUCUUCCCCUCACGACGGUUUUCUUCCCCUGAUUACUACCAGAAGAAACAGACGAUGGAGCAGGCGAGGUUAAUCCAGCAGCAAGACGACGACCACGAGGCCGACGGCGAGGAGGACGACGACGAGGAGGAGGAAGAGGAGGACGGGGAUGAGGUCUGGAGAAGGCGGCGAGGGUCCCCCGAGGGCCGCCCAGAACCAAAGGGACAGGCUUUCCCUGACGAAGCUCUGAGGAAGAGGGUGGUGGGCAACCGCGAGGAGGAGGAGGACACUUAGAGCGCCGGCGUGGAGCUUCUUCACUCCUUUUGAUAAGAGCGCCGUGGAGUCAGCGGAGUUGGAGGAGCUGUGGUCCUGAGCAGCAGCGUUUAGAGCAGGGAGUCCAAAAUCUAUCCCCCCUCCUCACCCUUCUAACUUCCUCCUCCUCUGGACCCCCCCUAGAACCACCUCGCUUUGUUUUCCCUCCCCCCUUCCCUCGAUUUUAACCGGAGCGCUUCGGACUCCCACCACCGCUCUCUCCUCCUGAGCAGCAAGGCUCCACCUGGAAAAACAAGAAACCCCCACUCCUGACACCUGGUUCCACUCGUGGAAGCAAACCGCCCGGCUGGGGUUUAGAUAUGAAGCGCAGUACAGCUGGAUUUUGCAAUGCUGAUUAUGCUAUGCAUUGGUUUUUUUAAAAAAUAUGUGUGUUAUUAUAUUUUUAUCUUUGAAUUAUUAUUAUUAUUAUUAUAACAAACUUGUGGUUUAUGUUGUUGAAUUUUCUCUUCAGUUCGUGUAAACAUACCGAUUAUUUUCAGCUGCAUACGAACCCCAACAGUUAAACCCAACCUUCACACUCUUGACGAGAGGAGUGAAAACAACUAAAAUAUUAGUUUUAAUCCUUAAGAUUUCAGUCCACAUGCUGCACAUUGGGUUUCCUGUUGUUACUUCACAAUAAAAGCCACCUGAUGUUUGUGCGAGUUGAAUGUUUUUGCUGUGAAGCAGCAGCAGGAGACGUUUGCGGAGCAGCUUAACGCCUCUAAAUCAGAAAUAUGAGAGCGAAUUGUGACGUUAGUGAUCUAUCAUGUAUGUGAAGGCAGUUUAAAUCCAGCCCUGUGCAAUGAAAAGUACUAUAUAGUGAAUAUAGGAAAUGCAGAAUAUAAAUACAUUAAUUUAACUUGCAGAAAAAAAGGUGACUCCUGUAUUGAGUAACAAUUGGACUGUGCGUUGUGUCAGUAGAGGUACGUAUGGGGCAGGAACCCCACUUACACCAAACUUUGGCUGAGCUGAGCAGAGAAGUAGGCCUCGCUAUUUAGACGCUACUUACAUUAAAAAAAAAAAAAAAGGACCUAAUAUUUACUCCAAAUCAAAGGCCUGGUGAAUGUCGUCCUGUAGAUACUGUAUGUUCCCGUAAUCCAUCUGGUAGUCCAACACGGUGACGUUUGGUUUGUUUUUCUCAUGUUUACUUGUGAUUCUUUAAUUAUUAGAAGAUGUUUACUUCAAGAAGCCAGACGUGCUGGCGGCCUGUCUGCAGCACAGUGUAUGCAUGCCGUAAUGCAAUUUAAGGAGAGGACCGAUGUGGAGGAAACUCUGGUGGCAUAUCCAUCCCCACGCUGCUCUGCUCUGUGGGGCAGCAACAGGACUAAAGGAGGCACCAUUAAGCCGACUGUCGUUUUUUUUUUUAACCCACUUUAAAAAAAAAAAGUCAAAUGAAACACCUGAGGUUAACUUAUCUGCAUGGGUGCCAUUUCUUUUUUUGUACACUGAUUUCUCAUGGAGAGCGUAUGAACACUGGCACUUCUACGAACAUGAGCACCGCCUGCAUCCAUUUCACUUUUUUAAGGCUAAAGAGGAGCUCUGUGUGUGUCUGAGCAAACAUUUCACUUCCCUGUUUUGAUGAGGCUUUCUAAUGUCUUGCAUUGACUUUGAUUUAUUUUUUUAUAUUGCUUUGUAUCCCAAGAAAAGCUAAUUAAUCCUCUCGGUGAUGGUUUUUUUCUUUUGUACCGAACCACUAUUUAUGGCUUGUAGCAUUCUCUCUUUGCCCUGAGCCGGCUGUGCUCCUCAUUGUUUCUUUGAAUAAACGGUUAACUCUGGAAAAAAAA